UAAUAGCCGUAAGUGUUGCGAGGCGACGUUUGACGAAUAUUAUUUAUUUAUUGCAUCGAUCAGAUUUUCAAUGGAGCCGAGUCGGCAUAAAUAUUUUAGCAUAGCAGCCAAAUAUAAAGGGAGCUUAGUGGAAGACCUAGAGCUUACUGUUCAGAAAUAUGGCGACGAUGUUGUUCGUAUACAGUUAUUAAACCGCAUGCAUGGCCAACAAUGUGGAGUUCAACUGAAGCGAUUUUGUGUGCUAUUCGGCUUGGCGAUUACUUAUUUUGCCUUUGCUCUGAUGUUGAGCGAAGGCUCAGUCAGAUUUAGCCAGGCACACAUUCUAUAUCCAACCAUACUAUGGCUAGCUAUGUCCAUCCUAAUAUUCCGCAACACACUCCAGUUGGUUCACUCUGAGAAACUCUUCUACAGCUGGGACAUGGCUCUGCAAACGGAAACAGUCCGAACUUUUGGACGUCAAUCGGUGCUCUGCGUACAACGCGGCCAUCUCCAUGAUAUGGUUCUCAAUGAGGUCAUAGAGAAUCUAGAUAUAAAGUAUAUGCUCAUAUUGCGUACCAAGGGCAGCAUAUUCAAAGAGCGACCCAUAAUACCCCUAUUCAAUAGUCUUUCGCCAUCCUUCGAGUGUUUGCAGCAUAUUCAACACAUUUUGCAUGGUUAUUGGCUGAAUAACAAUAAAGGUAGAUUGGAUCAGUCUUGCAAUAGGGAUAUACCUUCUUCGGCUGCAUCGUAAAGCUCCAUCAGUUUAUCCAGCUAUAAUUAAAAUACAUUUCAUAACUUAAUUUCACCAAAGACUA